GCCUGCUGGCUAAUAUUGUGUGUGGGGUGGGGCGCGGUGAAUAUAGAUUGCAAUUUGUUAUUUUUCUGUGAUUUGUUGUGGCUUUGAAGACUCAAACAUGGAACGAGCAAACGUCCAAGAAGCGUUUCUUUCUGAACGUGUAAAGUACUUAUGUUCUUGCGGCUUUUUGAAGCCAAUUUACCGAGUUUAUUUCUGUCGGCACUGCCAGAAGAUAAGAUGUGGAAACUGCGUCUCGCAGGAGAUGGACUCGACGUACUGCAGUGGCUGCUUGGAGAUGAUGUCCAAUGUGGAGGCGGGGCUGAAAAAGAACCGCUGCUCCACAUGCAAGGACUGCCCCUCCUGUGGCCACACCCUCUCCACCAGGGCCACCAGCAUCCAGGCCCCAAGUAUGGAGGAUCCGACCAAGAUCGUGCCCAGGAAGGUCUACUACGUGGCCUGCGGGUUCUGUCGCUGGACAUCGCGCGACAGCAAGCUGCCCGACCAGAACGUCGCGUCUGGCACGUGGACGGAGUUUGAGAACCCCGACUCGGAGCGGCUGACGACCCUCUCCGACAACUACCGGGCGCUGGCCGUGCUGGAACGAUCCGCGGCGGAGCAGGGCAAAUACGGCCGGCAGGAUAAGACGCGCCGUUUUCUGGAGGGUAAGGGCAAGUUUGGCGCGAUGGCGCGCGCCACCCGCAAACAGGCCGGCCUGCCGCCGUCCCGCUCCCUGGUUACCGCCAAGGACCUGGACGCCAAAAGCCUGAAGGAGAUGGCGGCGCAGCCCUUUGACGAGGCCGAUGACGCGCUGCCGGAGUCGGCCUUCACCGAGCCGCUAGUGCUGACAUCUGUGACGACGCUGGACCAGCGUCUGGCGUUCCCGGAGCUGCAGACUGAGCGCCAGGAUCGUCUCCAGCCGCAGCACAAGCACGCCGAAAUGAAGCGCUCCAUGCGCUGCCGGUAUUGCGACCACAACCUCAGCAAGCCAGAGUACAGCUGCAUCAGCAUCAAGUUCAGGAUCCAGCUCAACGCCUACUACCACGUGCCGGACGUGAAGAUUCUGUCUGUCGGCGAGCUGCUGGUCGGACAGCAGACUGAGACCGUGCUGACCUUCAGCAACCCCACCAUCUACCCGAUGACAAUUCGUCUGGAGAAGUACCGUGAGCCGGACGAGGAGGAACUGCAGGAGAACCCUGAUCCCGAGCACAAGGAGAGUUCUCUGCUGAGACCAGUCACACUGCAGAGAGUGGAGCCGGACAUUCAGCAGACUGCUGAGCUCACGCUGCCCGCCGCCGAGGUGGUGCUGGCGCCCCGGGACGACUCGGCCGAGUUUGACGACGCACCGAGCUCCUCCGAGUUCCGAGACGACCCCAGCGUCGUCGUGUGGCGCCAGGCCAACAAGGUGGCUCUCCGUGUGCCCGUCACACCCCUGCCGUCUGCCGGCGGCGGCCGCUGCUCCGCUGCCCUGCUACUCCACUACAGCUACACAAACACAAUCGUCACUGGCGAGAGCAAGCAGCCGCAGACGCUCAAACUGCGCGCACGGCUCGUGGUCGAUCUUGGGCAGGUCACCGCCGCAGAGGGCAGUGGUUAGAGAGGCGGGUAGGGUAGGCAUGGGACCGGCGAGAGAGCAUUUGUAGGGCGGAUAGGACAGAGAGAGUGCAGAGAGGAAUAGAGGGGGCAGGCGAUAGAGCGGCAGGGGAAAGCUGCUAAGGCUGGCGAGAUGGGAGCGAGAUGAGACAGCAGUCAGAAAGAGGAGAGAUUGAGAUAAGGAAGAGCUGUCACUUGUCAGUAACUAGAUUGGAGAGUAUUCAAGAACAGCGAUGUACGGGGAGCAGCUAUAGGCUGAGAGAGUCACUGAUGGAGCGAUAGCCGUGUUUGGCAGGCGAUUGAAAAGAAGGGAGAAAAGCGGAGGUAAUAAAGGAGGGUGGUCACCAGCGAAUGAGGAAGAUAGGGAGUCGUAAUUGCUAGUCGUAACGAGUGAAAGAGUCGUUAGUUGGGGUGUGUACUAUCAUGUGGAGGGAGACGUUUGGGAUGCACAGCCGGUGAUAGCUAUCUUUUGCAUCUGCUGACGGCGAAAAUACUGGCAAAAGCUAUCCUAACACUUCCUAUUUAUAUGGUGUGUGAAAAGAUGCCUUUCAAGUGAAGGGAAUGCUGGAUCUUUGCUUUGAGACGGCGCUUUGAGCAACGGUAGCCCACUAUGUGGCUAGAGUGUCUUUGGGUGUUGGGCUACCGGUUCCCUACUGCCAUCGCUCUCAGCGCAGCUGUGUUUCUAUAUAGAGAAUGUGCCGAGGGGGGAUGCGAUCGGGAGGUCCUCGUUUGUGAUCCGCUGAGGUCCAUGACAGAGGUCUGGGUCCGUGUAGGUUACGCGUCUGUAACCCCCAAUUAGCUAAGAGUUGGGUCGUGCACCUUUGAAUUGAAGGCUUUUCAAGUGGUCUGGCUUGGACUCUUUCUCCGGUGUUGCUUUGAGUGUUGUGUGUUUUGAGGGAGAUUGUAACAUAUUUUCUGUCCCUUAGACGAAUGCGUUUCUUGCUUGUUUUCAACGGAAUUG